AUGAACUCAGUCAUGCAAAAGCCACUUUCAAUUGACAUCAACAACAACAAGGAGGAGUUGCUGAGAGAAACUGAUGAAUCAAUCAACUGCAACCUGCAGUCAAGCUCGUCAACCUCACCUUUGGGCAGCUCUUCAUCGGCAAUGAGCGACAGUUUCCAAGAAAAGCUUAAAGAAGUUAGCUUAGACCAGAUGAUUCGGGGGCAGACGCCGGCCGGAAUUGAAAAUCGCUGUCUGGAGCUGUGUCGCGCCUUCAUUGGCGGUCCUUGGAGCGAGGCAACAGGUGUCGAGGAGAUCAGUGUCAAACGGCUGAGUGGCGGUUUUACUAAUCAACUGUACCAUGUACGGCUGAUCAGUGCUUCAGCUGAUGCUGCUGCUGUUGCUGAUGAUGAUUUUCCGACUGAAGUGGCAAUCAAGUUUUAUCAAGCAAAACAUAUGAAAAAUUAUCACGCCGAUGACGAUGAGCGCUUAAACGAUGUUAUUAUCCUCUCAAUGGUUUCAGAGAUGGGCAUCACCCCCAAAGUGUACGGCAUUUUUCAGGAGGGCUUUGUUCAGGAGUUCAUCAAGCACGAGCAAUUUGUUCCAAAGCAUCAACAGAUCCCUAAAUGUUUGGAGGGGUGCGCACAGUUGCAGGCUAAAAUCCACAGCUUGAAGGUGCCUAUUCGCAAGGAUAGCAGCUGGAUUUUCCGAAUCAUGAGAGAGUGCUUUCAAACUGCUUACGACCAGUGCGCUCUACAAGAGCUCAUUGAUCAGCUGCAGCUGGACGCUUUUAUGAAACAAAAUCCACUUGAAGAAAUUGACAACCUGGAAAAACUGGUCACUGAAGUCAACUCCCCGCUGGCAUUCUCGCACAUCGACUUCAAUCGCACUAAUGUUCUAGUGGUGAACGGUGGCGAGCGAGUGGUCACCGUCGAUAUGGAGCACUGUGCCUAUGCACCGAGGGCCUACGAUCUGGCCACCUUCCUCAGCGAAUGGGACCGUGAACUUUUUGCCUUCCACACUGUUGGUUUGCCCACUGAUGCAGUGCUGCAGCAGUAUGUACAGCUGUACAUCAGUGCAGCCGAUCAGUUGCAGCCGGGAUUUGCAAGCAAAGCGGAAAACAGUGUGAAAAAAAUUGUCAAAGAGGUGAAGAUGUUUAUCCUCGUCAAGAUUCUCUUUAUCAUUGGCGUGAGCGUGCAGAUGAGGGAGGCCGUCAUUGAGGCGAUUCCCUUUAACGAGGAGCUCAAAAUG